AGGGGACAAAACACCACCAUGAAAGUUGUAUUAUCAUAGGAAAUAAUCGAUACUUUACCACAGAUAGAGACGUCUGUAGUCUAGGUUUGGAAAAAAACUCUCCAGUGAACAAUUUUACACAGAUUUUAGGAGGCCAGAGGUCGUAAAGCUCGAAGUAAUUUCAGCACCAACUCGAUAUGCCUCGCAAUGAAUCUGGUUCUUCGCCUAGGAAGAGAGCCGCUGCCACAGACCUGCAUGAGAGACUUAGUAAAGACGAACUUAUUAAACGACUCAAGAAUCUAGCUCAUGAACUGUCUAAUGCAGAUCAGACAGAUCGAGCAGAAAAAUAUGGGACAGUUGCACAGUCUCUUGUCAGCCCAUUCAUUCUCAAACACAGAGAUAAAGAUGUCAAGGCACAUGCUGCAUGUUGCCUUGCUGACAUCCUUAGGAUCCAUGCUCCAGAGGCUCCCUAUGAUGAAGAACAAUUAAAGGCAGUGUUUCUUAUGAUGACAAAUCAGUUGAAAGGCCUUGGAAAUACCAAAUCUAAUCUAUCCAAGAAAUCCUUCUAUCUUUUAGAGAGUUUAGCAUUGGUUAAGUCAUUCAAUAUUUGCCUUGAGCUGGACUUUCAAGAUAUUAUACUGCAGUUAUUCAAAGUGCUCUUCCAAGUUGUAAAUGAAAACCAUUCAAACAAAAUUCAGAAUUUUAUGCUGGAUGUGAUGUGUCCUAUUAUACAAGAAGGGGACUCAAUUCCUCAGGAGCUUCUUGACACAGUACUUGUCAACAUCAUUGAACCACAAAAGAGUGAAAAUGUUGUGGCAUAUAAACUUACCUGUGAGUUCAUCAAGAGAACUUCAUCUUCUUUAGAGCCAUACUUGCAAAUGUUUUUCAACAGCAGUCUAGCUCUGGGUAAGACAGCAGACAGUAUUUUAGCAGAAAACAUUUAUGACCUUAUUUUGGAGUUGAACAGAAUUUGUCCAAGUGUUCUGCUCUCAGUGGUUCCUCAGCUGGAGUUUAAAUUGAAGAGUGAGGAUGUGGAAGAGAGAUUGUCAGUUACUGAAUUACUUGGCCAGAUGUUUUCUGAGCAGGACUCUGAACUAGCAACUCAAAAUAAAGCUUUGUGGAACUCCUACUUGGGAAGAUUUGUGGAUAUUAGUGUGGAUGUGCGCGUGGAAUGUAUAAAAAGAUGCAAGGAAUUCUUGAAAAAUCACCCAGACUUGGUCGCAGAUAUAAGUGAUAAACUUCACGAAAGACAACGUGACCCUGACGAGAGGGUUCGACAAGAAGUGGUCAUUACCAUCUGUGAUGCAGCUGCAGAAAAUAUCAGUGGUGUCUCUGAUCAGCUUCUCAAUGAUGUAUGUGAGAGAACAAGAGAUAAGAAGUGGCAUGUCAGGAGAGAAGCAAUGAUGUGUCUUGGAAAAUUAUACAAGAAAAUGACAACAGGGGCUACUGCAAACAGAACAGCAGCAAAGAAAUUAUCUUGGGUUCCAAGCAAGUUACUUCACUGCUAUUACCUUAACACUCCAGAAAACAGACUUUGCGUGGAAAGGAUUCUGAUUGGGUGCUUAGUGCCAGUCAGCUUAGAAGCUGACCAAAAGAUGAAAAGAUUGCUGCAUAUUUAUUGCAAACUUGAUGAAGCAGCAGUGAGUGCUUUUCAUGGAAUUUUGACUUGUCAGCAGAGGGUACGCACAGACAUAGCAGAUCUGAUUGAGUUAUCAACAGGAGAGAAGUCACAGGAUAAUGAGACACUGGUGUUCUCAAAGAUUAUUUCCCUUGCAAGAGCUUUCCCAGAUGCUUUUAAGUUUCAAGAAAAUCUAAAAAAACUUCGUGGAAUGAUUAAAGAACCUUCCUUGAGAGAACUACUGAAGACAUGUGUUAACCCGAAUGUGGGGUGUUCAAACGUUUUCAAGGCGGUGAGUGACGUUGUCGUUAGGCUUGGGUCCAAGCAUCCUGUGUUAGAGACACUCAAAGCACUCCUUGAUCGUGCCGCUCCUCUUCUUGUGGAUGAACAUUGCAUCAAAGCGCUGUUCAAGUUGGUGAAAGAUGCCAUUGAAGGGCUUGCUGAUGAUGAGGAUGAUGAGUAUGAGUGGCACGAAAGCUCUGGAAUAAAACCUGUCGGGAAAAAGGGACUGGCACUGUUAUUGGGUCUGGCUGGUGUAUUUCCUUCCCAGUUUCAAAAUGACGACACUUUUCAACAGCUGCUGGUUUUCCUGAAAAACAAAGAUCAAGAAAUAGUUGAUCAUUCACUAAAGAUGCUGGCCUUGACCGGAGAUGGAAUUGAAAAAGUCAAUAAAUCAUUGGCCAAUUAUUAUCAUCCAGUCUUGUCCAAAUUAGCAUUAAAGGGAACUCCUUGCCAAGCCAAGCACUCGCUGAGAUCCAUUGCAAAGAUUUCUGCUGCUUCUUCACAGCCGUUUGAUCGUGUCUUUACAAAUCUUGUCAGUUCCUUGAGCUACGAUUGUCCUCUUUUACUGACUACACUGACAGCUCUUGGUGAGAUCGCACUUUUAGCGCCAUCUCUGUUCGAGACACAAAGGCCAGCCAUUGUUAGAGAUUUUGUCGUUAAGGAACUCUUGAUGAAAGACAGGGGGGAGAUGGUAGAUUCGAAUGAAAGUGAAGGGGAGUGGUGUGAAGACAGGGAUGUUACUCAAGAAACGCAAACGAAGAUCAAAGGUAUACGUCUGCUGGUGAAGUGGCUGCGAGGCCGGCAGGGAAACCACAAGUCGUCCGUUCAGCCUGUGCUUAGAUUGUUGGACAGUAUGCUCACCCAUAAAGGAGACUUACAACAGCAGGGUUGCGUGAAAGCUGCUGAUUGUUCAAGACUUCGACUGGCAGCGGCCUGUGGCAUGAUCAAGAUUGCACAGGAACCCCAUUACAUUGAAUACAUAACCUUGGAAAAUUUUCAGCGGCUCUCAUUGGUAAUGCAGGACCCUUGUUAUGAGGUGCGUGACAAGUUCACCAAGAAGCUUCACAAGGCUGAAGAUGUACUAAAACUUCCUCUGGAAUAUCUGGGGAUAUUUGCGCUGGCAGCACCUGAACCUGUUAAGGAAAGGAAAACACAGGUUAGACAAAUGAUUACUAAGAACGUCAAGACACGACGAGAUUACUUGAAACAGCAUUCAGCGGCACAAGAAUGUUCUCACUCUAUUCUCCCGGAGUAUGCUCUGCCGUGUGUUAUCCAUAUGCUGGCCCAUCACCCAGACUUCAAACAAGAUGAUCACGAGACACUAGUGCAAUUCAAAGAUUAUCUUUGGUUCUUCAUGGAGCCGAUUAUGGCCAAAGCUGAUAACUACAGCUUCCUGAAGAAGCUGGUUGAAAACGUCAAAGAAACCAAAGACGCGCAAGCACCAGACGAUGAAGAAGUAAACAAGAAUCUUUACACAGUUUGUGAUCUUGCUCUGGGACUGAUCCUAAACAAGGUCCACACUUUUGUUCUAAAAGAAUUUCCCGGCAAUCUUGUUUUGCCAAAAAGGUUCUUUGUACCUUCCGAGGGAGGUGGUCCGAACACUAAAAAUUACUUACCGAAAGGAUUCCAAUUCACAACUGCAAAGGGACAAAAGAAGGGAAGCGCAGUUGAGUCGAAGUUGACGCCAUCAAAGUCAUCAUCUAAAACCUCCGCCAAGAGUGACAAGAAAACACCAGUGAAAUCUCAAAGCAAAACUUCGAAGAGUCCGAGAAGUACUUCAAAGGAGAAAGGGAAAGAGGCGGACAGAGAAGAAUCUUCCUCAGAGACUUCUGAAAGUGGGUUUGCUAGUCCCCCUGAGGAGCAAACAUCUGUGAGGAAAAGAGGAAGACCAGCUAAUUCUUCAGAGAAAUCCGCUCCAAAGAAAUCAAGGAAAACUUCCCCAGACAAGGAUACCAAGCGAGAAAAGAAAACUUCGGCAAAACAAUUGAACAUGUCAGAUAAACGUAAAAAUUCUCGACAAAAAAAUGCUUCUCCGCCGGAAAGUCCACGCUCAACAGAAAAGUCAUCUUCGACAACCAAAUCAUCACCAAGUCCCCGAAGAGGACGAGCCGCAAAGAGACUAGUGUCUGAAUUAGAUGCUUUACCCGAAGAUGAGCCAACGCAGGACAGCGGUACCUCCAGUUUGGAGUCGCCGAAGAAGCCACUUAGUACAAGACAAAUAUCACAGCAGAGUUCCAGGACGAAAUCACGAAAUGAAGUAAACGGGGUGACAGAUAAGAGUUCAUCUAAAGCCAAAAGAAAGAAGGACACCGAGGAAUCAAAUUCCAGUCCAGUUAAAAAGAGCAAAGAAUCAGCGUCUCCGCCAACCAAGCGAAAAGAGCCCACUUUAGUUGUGAAAAGAAAGAUCAGUAAGAGAAGAUAAAAUUAAAUAACCAAUCGUAAACUAUUUCGUUGUACAUAGACAUCAAUUCGAGGAUCUUCCGAGUUCAGUUCAUCUUCACUUCCAUUGUACAGCCAUCGAUGUUUCACCACAAGGCUCUUCAGGGCAGAGCAUAACGCAACUUUAAUUACCGAACAAGCAGAGUAUGGGUACUCAAAUUUUGUUGAAGUUAUUGAAACAAAGUGUCCGUUAGGAGACCUGAUUAUAAACCUGGGAUGAACUGAGCUAGGUGAUAACCUCAAUCAGUGACAUGUCCAUGCAGAACGCCUGAUCUUCGGCUCAUUGAGGUGUUCUGGCUAUGCUUUGUUUUCCUUGCGACGAAUUCGUUCAGCGCUUUCAUUGGUCCAUUUGAUUCGGAAAUUUUCGGCUCUUGGCCAGAUGGUUACUUUGUGACAUGCUGGUUUGGACAGUGAGUAUGACCUGGAAAACGAGAAACCAUGCGGCGAAGAACUUGGAGCCAAACAUCGGGAUUUGUCGGUACUCCUUCGGCAUGACGCGCCAUUUGUCGAAGAAAGUCCAUCGGCCAAUUCUUAGCAGUGAAAGGAGCGUUUCUUUGAAGCGGCUGAAUAAGGGAGCAUGAAAUGAAUGGAAAGAGAGAUUUUCUCAGUUCUUUUUGACAGUUUUAUCACGAACAUUGUUCGGCAUUUAUCUUUCAUCCGGUAGUUAAUUAUAUCCAUUCGCUACACAUCAGCGUUCUGAAUACUAUUUGACAGUACGCAGUUGUAUUUCAUGGCAAGCUACCACUACACAUUAUUAUGUUGCCAUAGGAAUGGGUUGGCUUUUGUGCUGACACCUAAGCAACCGUCUUCAAAAGAGUUAGGAAUAGUGAAGAUUAUUAGUAAAUACCUUAUUUCGGCUUGGCCUACUCGUGAGUUUAUAUUUUGCCCGUUCAAAAGAUUUAAUCUCUGAACGUCAGGAGGAAAUCUGUAAAGUAUAGAUCACAUAUCCAUAUUUAGGUCAAUCAGAUUGAAGAUUAUGAGGCUUUACUUCGAGAGCAUUUCUAAUGAGACUCGAAUUAUCUCAGAGGUUGUCCUAGCCCCAUAAACUAGAAAGAGGUUGCUCGGACGUAUGUUUUAGAAUUGCAUUUGUACUGUUCCAACACCCUAUGACUUAGCACAGUGUGAAAUAGCCUUACUUAGAAUUUGCGUAAUUUUCGCCUUGGCUUAAACCUUGAAAACCUGAUUUUAUCCUUUGAUUAACUCGAGAUUUUACCGAUAUUUAUGCAGUGUACCUUUCAGUGAAUUGUAAGAUGUGUAACUUUAUGCCUAAUUAAAGGAAUUUUAAAAGUG